AUGGACGGCAGCGGCAUGUGCUACACCGCCAAGUCGCUCUGCCCCCCCGGCUCCCAGCCCCUCGACGGCCAGUGCUGCGCGGAGGAGCCCCGCAACGUCUGCUGGGCGGCGCUGGGCGCCUGCCCCGGCGGCUGCACCAGCAUGGAGCCCAUAUGUUCGCCCUCCAAGCCCUAUUCUGACGUCAUCGCCCACGUCAGCGUGGAGGCCGUGUCAAACCCCAGCCCCAAGGAGGCGGCCGCAGGCGUCGCGUUCUUCAAGCUGGGCCUGCCCAAGCUUGACCUGGUCAAGAACGUGCUGAUCGCCGGAAAGGGCAUCGCCAAGGCCAUCGAGGAGAAGGUGGUGUCAGUGCCGCUGACCGUGCUGGCCAAGACCAAGGAGAUUCUUGGGAAGGGCAAGGGCGCCACCGGCGGCGUGGUGGUCAAAGCGGAGGCGUACGCCAAAGCCGGCGUCGUGCCAAAGUGCUUCCAGAAGUGUGUGCCUGACUUGGUGUGCGUGGCCCCCAAGAUUGACAAGGCCGUCGUGGCCCCCUCCUUGACGUGCCCCCCCGGCUGCUCGCCGGCCGACGGUGACAAGUGCCUGUGCGCCCCCGGCGGCCCCUGCCCCUGCCCGCCCGGCACCAAGGAGUGCCCAUUUGCUGGCGGCCGGAUGUGCGUGUCAUUGGACCUGUGCUUCGGCCUGGACCAGUGCAAGAUGAUGUCACUGCUGGCGCCACACCUCCCCAUCCUCUCGUGCCCCACGCCCCUUGGCGGCGGCCGCGCCGCGCUGGCGUCGGCUUUUGCCUCGGCGUCUGCAGCAGGCAACUGA